GGGGCGUGGCAUAGCUAACGGUCAAUUUGAUGGGAACAGUGCAGCAUAAACUUCUAGUCUUUAAAGGAUGAAAGAAUAACCUUGGCGGUUCCCUGACUUCAACCAGUAGAUAAUCAUCCUUUUUGGAAACUCCUCCUCCCCUACGCCCCAUCUUUCACCUUCUCCGAGACAGUUGUCCUUUCAGUCAGCGCCAGAGUGACUCUCCUCAGCAUGCAUCCAACAACAGGACUGUGUUCCUCCACAGCCAGAGGGGAUUCAGUCACUUCAGCCCAGGCACUACAGUAGUCCAUAACCCCAAGGCUAAGCAAGGGAGGGGUGCAGCCCCAGUGGUACCUGAAGUAGACGCUGGAGUCUCUCUGAAGUGCUCUGUGGGGUCAAAGUGUGUGCUUCAUUUUUUAUGCCUGGUGUGAGCCAAACCUGGGUAAAGAUCAGGGAGACCUGAAGGCGAGAGAAGGAUGGUGAUGGGUCCACCUGAAGCCCUUUGGCUCCUCCAGCUGCUGUUCACUGUCUGCUCAUGUAAGGAUGAGUGUUCCCAUGUUAAAGAUUGGCGCGGUGCUCAGCACUAUGGCUAUGGUAACUAACUGGAUGUCCCAGACUCUGCCAUCCCUGGUUGGACUCAAUGGAACCGUAAUCUCCCCUGACGGCACACAUGAGCGGAUCGUCAGUGCUUUGCAUGAUUUAGCUUUCUGGCUCGAGAGGCAACUCACAGCUGCUGUGUGGCAAUACUUUGCAAGUUCAGCAAAGUGCAUGCAGUCUCAUGGUUUGUACCCGGGCUCAGAGGAGGGCUGGCAGGUGUACAGCACAGCUUCAGAUCCUGACGGCAGGUGUGUUUGCACGGUGGUCGCCCCUGCACGGAACCUCUGCAAACGAGACCCUCGGAGUCGACAACUACGCUUGCUGACUGAACAGGUUCAGAACGUGAGUCAGUCCAUGGAGGUGGUAGACCUGAGGACAUCCAGAGACCUGCAGUACGUCCGAGACUCUGAGCCCCUGCUGAGAGGAGUGGAUGGACGUUUACACACUUAUGUGGCCAACCCCCGCACUCUGACGGCUAAGGGCCUGCAGGAGUUAAAGGGUCAGAUGUCUCAGCUACGGCCUCUUCUGUCAGUGGUGGAGCAGUACAGAUUGGACCUGCAGACGUUGGCCACCCUUCGACUGGAGCUGCUCAACCUGUCAAUCAUCCUGACAGCUAUUCAGGAAGAGAUCGGAGCAUACGACUACGAGGAGCUUCAACAGAGGGUUUUACUGCUGGAGACCCGGCUACACAGCUGCAUGAACAAACUGGGUUGUGGGCGUCUGACAGUAGUUAGCAACCCGAUCACCGUGAGAGCCUCGGGGUCCCGUUUUGGCUCCUGGAUGACUGACGCCAUGAUUCCCAGCUCCGAUAGCAGGGUGUGGUCGAUGGAUGGCUACUAUAAGGGCAGACGUGUGUUGGAGUACAGAACUAUGGGGGAUUUCACCAAGGGGCAGAACUUUGUGCAGCAUCUGUUGCCCCACCCCUGGGCAGGAACCGGCCACGUGGUCUAUAAUGGGUCGCUCUACUACAACAAGCACCAGAGCAACAUCCUGGUUCAGUACCAUUUCCGUUCUCGUAGCGUGAUGGUCCAACGCAGCCUGAGUGGAGCGGGAUACAACAACACCUUCCCCUACAGCUGGGGAGGAUCCUCUGACAUUGAUCUCAUGGCUGAUGAGACAGGACUCUGGGCCGUCUACACCUCCAUCCAAAAUGCUGGAAACAUAAUGGUGAGUCGUCUGGACCCUCACUCGCUGGAAGUGCUCCAGAGCUGGGAUACGGGGUUUCCUAAACGCAGCGCAGGGGAAGCCUUCAUGAUCUGUGGCACCCUGUACGUCACCAACUCUCACCUGGCUGGAGCCAAGGUCCACUUCGCUUACCACACCAACUCCUCCACGUACGAAUACACCGACAUCCCCUUCCACAACCAGUACUCCCAUAUCAGCAUGAUGGACUACAACCCCAGAGAGAGAGCGCUGUACACCUGGAACAACGGACACCAGGUCCUCUACAAUGUCACACUGUUUCACGUCAUCCGGAGUGACGGAUAGAUCGACACGUAGAGAGUGGUAGAAAAAAAAAAGAGGGGGAGUUAAAGUAGAGAUGGAGGAGAUAAGUUGUAUAAGGGUACUGCAUCUUACAACACACACACACACAUACAAACACAAAAAUAACCAUUCACAUCAACAAGAAAAUGAGCACUGUCUGUGUUUGAAUUUGAAUGUUUUCUGGACUGCUAGAGCUCACAGAGCUAAUAACUAGACACAAUACACAGCUGUCGAACAUAAGUCUAAAGGUCACAGACAAGAGUAUUCAUCACGGCAGAGAUGAAAAUUAACUGCCUCUGCUACAGGGACGCUGAAAGAAGGAAGUCAAGACAGUUUGAGCUCAUCCAUAUUCUGUUGCAUUUCAUUCCACUCGUGUCUCAGAAGUGAUUUUUUGGAAGCUGAGGUUGAAUUGUCGAAAAACGCAGCACGUGAACUGAAUUUCAACUCUUCAAAACUCGACGACAGUGGAGACCUGACGGGAGAUAUUCUGGGUUUGUGAUGUGAUCGUGGACGUGUUCAGUCAGCAUGGUUGUUCAUUCAAUAAAACUUACUGUCAAACUUUA